UCGCGAAAGCAGCCCUUCCGCACCAUAUUUCUCACAGUCAUUGGCCAAUCCACCUGCGCUCACGUAGAGAUCUGUAUCGUUCGCGAGGGUCCACGGCGAUGGUGGAGUUCGCGCUCGGCCUAGCAGAUAUAUGCUGACGGAGAAAAAUAUCAUGUUUUCCAGCGAUUAGCCUGACAAUACGAUGCCGGUCGGUGUAUUUCCAGCCCUCAAAUUGGGCGUGCUCUUUGUCAAACAGAUCAGCAAACCCCUAGCCAAGUUUCUUGUCAAUCAGGCAAAGAGUCAUCCUAUUUUCAGAACUUACUUCAUCAUACCUCCCGCUCAGUUUUAUCACUGGGCAGAGGUGAAAGCGAAGAUGUACGUCAUGAACCUCGGUAAGCCCACGAAGGUAGCCAAGCUGAACGAGACUAUGGCGAUCGAGUUGGGCGCCAGUCUGAUGGGCGAGUUCAUCAUCUUCAGCGUGGCCGGAGCAUGCGUCAUACUCGAGUACAACAGGCAGACGAUGAAAGAGACGAAGAAAGAGGAGAUCCGCCUGAUGCAGAUACAAAAGUUUACGGACGACAUUCAAGCGUUGUACAACACGACGGUGCAGCAGGAGGCGCAGAUUCACUAUCUGCGGAGCGCGGUCAGCGAAUUGGCGAGGCACACGAAGCACAAGUUGCCCGAGCCAGUUUCAUGGCAGAGAAGUAGCAGCGGCAAUGAUCCGGAGGACGACGCGAGAAAGAAUCCUAGUAAAAAUAGUAAAAGCUCAGCGGAGGCAACCACGAAGGAUGCGUCGUUGAUCGAGCGUGCUAUAGUAUAUUAUAAUAAGGAAUUGAAAGGAGAUAAGCUUAGUUAAGCGACGUUUUAUAUUUCUUUUUGAAACGUAUGUAAUUUUUUAGGUACCAUGGAGAUAUAGAGGUUGCAAACCGGUGCUGUACUAAAACGAUAUAUAUUCGUGAAAUGUACAUAACAAAAUUUUGUUCUGGGUUGUGUGUCGCAAUCUAUUUUUUAGAUGAUCAACUUUGUGCUAGUCCGGAAGUGAUACUUAAGCACUUGUUUCUUCUGUAAAAAUACGUAUUUCUGCCGAUGUACCUAAAUAAUUUUUAAAUAACUGUAGAUACGCGUGAUAAAAUAAUAAAAUUUGCACGGAAAAAUUUAA